ACUAUUUAAUACGCGUAUCAAGUGCACGAUGUAAACCAAGCUAAUGGUAUGUUAAGCUGCUGUAAUACUCAUCAACAAAACGUAUUGUAUUGAUUGAAUGCAUUGCCGUUGAUAUGCAUUGUUGAUAUUAAGAUGAUCUAAUAGAAAGUUACUAUUUAAUACACGUAUCAAGUGCACGAUGUAAACCAAGCCAUUGCAUUGUAUGUAUAAGUCAUUAGUGAAGAAAGUAUUCAGACUGCAUUUAAAGAUGUUAUAAAGCAAUUUUUAAAUCUAUCUACUAUUAUUGUUAGUGUAGUGGGCAUUUUGUAAAACAAUUUCAUAAUGAAACAGUGUUGAUAUUUUCGACAGAGUUUACUAAAAGAAGAAACAUUAAACCAUGAAUAAUAUUUACAUUUGAAGAAAACUGGCCAAAGAAAUAGAAAUUUCAGGUCACAAAUAUAGAAGAAGAAAAAAUUUAUAAUAUAAAGCGAAAUCACAUAGAGAGAGAGUAAAGAAUUAUUAUUUGAAAUAUCAUUAUGUCACCUGACACUAACGAAAAUUGAAGUUGCAUAUAAUUAUGCUUAUGAUUGCAAAAUGACGAACAAUUUAUUAGUUUUCAUUCCACAAGGAUUACACAUUGAGCAAUCUGGUUAUGUCUUUGGUAAAGUGAUCCACGACACGCAUAAUAAUACGAAAAGAAUUUAUAUCAUUGGAUUACGUAAAAUAGGUUCUCUGGAGACAACUAAAUGCACAUUAGACACCAUCGGAUGUUGCACCAACUCAGGCACUGUAACCAAAGAAUACUUAGAUCGAAAGCAUUCCGACUGGAUACACAUCACAAUAAAAUCCUUUGGGAGUGAAACUAGUACUGAAUAUCAUUUAACAAAUAUCAUUCUUAACAAUGUUAGUGUUGAUCCAUUGACAACACGCACAAUAAUCAUUUUGUAUAACCAACGAGCAUUACUAGAAACAGAAUUGUUCAAGAGUAAAGUUAUGUCAGGUGAUCAUUUUUAUGAGCUUGCAAAAUUGAUCCAGAGCAAGAAAGAUGAGCUUAGAUUCAAAUCCAGAUUCACUCAUGUCAAGGAAACUCUGUUGACUUAUCAUAUGUUCUUUUACCUGUAUCCAGUUCUAUUACUAUCUAAAGUAACAGAAAAGUUAUUGCUAGUCUUGAGGUAUUCUUCUCUUGGCUUACACGUUUAUGCCUGGUUAGAGAACAUCAAAUGGAUGUUGGUCACAAUCAUACGUAACAAGGGUUUCACUUUGAAGACAGGAAACUAUGCCUGGGCGAUAAUAAUAGAUAUUAUACUAGGAAUAUUUGUUCUGAGGUUAUUGCAGUAUUAUAUUGAGGAUACACUACCGUCACAGUUGCUUCUAAACAAUGCAGAGAAAGUUGUAGAGACUUUGAAGGACCUGAUUAAUUGGUUGAUGGGUGCACCAGCUGGUUUAAAGCUUAAUCAUACACUGAAUAAUACAAUGGGCAAGUUUUUCAUGUAUCAUAUACAACUCUGGUGGACAUUCCUGAUAUUUUCAAAACCACUCAUGGAUCUUGCAUUCAAAAUAUUACUUUUAUUCGGAAGACUAGGCGUCACCUUUCAAUUAUCCAUUGCUGCGGAUCUCUUAGCUCUCGUCAGCUUUCAUACAUACUGCAUUUAUGUCUAUGCAGCAAGGCUCUUUAAUAUUCAGCUAAGAGGUAUUACGGCUCUCUUCAGACUUUUCCUUGGAAAAAAGAAGAAUCCUCUGCGUGAAAGAGUGGAUUCGUGCCAAUAUCAGACGGAUCAACUAUUUGUUGGAACGCUAUCGUUUACCAUUCUUGUAUUUUUAAUGCCAACAACAUGGGUGUAUUACACAGUAUUUACACUGCUCAGGCUAGUAUCUAUCGGAUUUGGUGGUUUACUGACCAGAUUGAAGUUUUAUUUACAAGUUAUGCCAGUUUAUACUUUCUGGAAGUGGCUGUUGCGCUGUUAUAGUACUUGUAGUAUCGUUGAUGUCGGAUUGCAUCCUAGCUGCCCAGAAAGACCGACUAUGUUAUCAAUGACUUUAUCCAUUGCACCUUGGUCCCUCACAUGGAAACAAUGUAUUCCAGAUACAAUUACUUGCUAUCCAUCUAUUGAAUGGCACACGAUAUUGAAUAACAUUAUGUGGGGCCAAUUGUUGUAUCCAUUAUGAGUAUUUAACAAGUGUUAAUUAUGUACAUUUAUUCACAAAUAUUCAUUGCAGCAUAAUGAACAAAUUUUUUACAGUAAAAGUGAAAUUAUUCUAUUAUUAAAACUAACAGUUGCACCUGUAGAAGUUCUCUACUUUGAUGCAAUCUUUUUGUUAUGCUCAGUUUCACAUCGCUUUAAACUAGUUCCCAGAUCAACAUACAUCAUUUCAUCAAUAUCAUUCUCCUCUCUCAAGAUACAGAAAUAAACUAGAAAAACUAUUAAGCUUAUCAUUACAGCUGCUGGUUGAUAACUAGGCAUAUCUCUUUGUGGAAUACGAUAUUCAUCAACUGCCAUAUGAGCAGCUUUUGACUUAGAAUAUACUACAGGACGGGUGCCCUCUAGAUCGUCGUCAAUUUCGGUUGUCAUGUUCUGCUUAUGUCUAACAUUAAGUACAGCUUGUGGUACAUUAUACCUAUAAUGAAAAUAAACAAUGUCAAAUUAUUCUAGACAUACAAAUAUAA